ACUCUGCUGGACUCAAACCCGUUCACCCUAGUUCUUGUAUUGUUUAAAGCCAUUGAACUGGGCCCAGCUUUUGCCGCCCCUACCCGCUGACAAUUAUAGAACAGUGACAAUACGCUAUAUCACGAGCUUGAGCAUAUUUUGGGCCAUAAGAAGCCCGGCAAAAGGAUCUCUCCGUCUACUGUCUGUGUCUCUCUCACUCUCUCUAAUGGCGGAAGCUCCUCACGGACUUCGAAUUCUUCUCCACCAGCAUCAGAAGGAGCGAACGCCCGUUCACAUUUCAAGCCACGCUGAAAGAGAUCGAGUUCUUGAAAUAUUCCGAAGUGCUAUUUUGCAACCUGGACCACCUGCAAGCUUUGCUCUUCAAACAGUACAAGAUGCCAUAAAACCUCAGAGGCAAACUGUAUUAGUCCAAGAUGAGAAUCAGCUUUUGGAAAACGCACUCCGAACAUUACUUCAAGAAUUGGUGUCUUCUGCAGUUACCUCGGGGGAACGGAUAAUGCAGUAUGGCCAAUCUAUUGAUGAUAAGGAAAUGAUUCAGGGUCAAAUACCACGCCUUCUAGACAUUGUUCUGCAUCUUUGUGAGAGAGGCCAUGUUGAGGGUGGUACGAUAUUCCAACUGCUGGAAGAUUUGACUGAAAUUUCAACUAUGAGAGACUGCAAAGAAGUUUUUGCUUAUAUAGAGAGUCAGCAAGACAUACUGGGGAAGCAAGAAUUGUUUGGGCGAGGGAAGCUUGUGAUGUUGAGGACAUGCAAUCAGCUUCUUCGUCGCCUAUCAAAGGCGAAUGAUGUGGUAUUCUGUGGACGAAUUAUUAUGUUUCUGGCUCAUUUUUUCCCAUUGUCAGAACGUUCAGCUGUGAAUAUAAAGGGAGUUUUUAACACUUCGAAUGAGACAAAAUAUGAGAAGGAUGCUCCUGAUGGGAUUUCUGUUGAUUUCAACUUUUACAAGACGUUUUGGAGUUUACAGGAACAUUUCUGCAAUCCUGGUCCCACAACACUUGCCCCAACCAAAUGGCAGAAAUUUGCAUCAAACUUAAUGGUUGUGUUAGAUACCUUUGAAGCUCAGCCUUUAAGUGAUGAUGCUGGAAAUACAAACAACCUCGAGGAAGAAGCAGCAACGUUCAGCAUAAAAUAUCUUACAAGCAGUAAACUAAUGGGCUUAGAGUUGAAAGAUCCGAGUUUCCGACGCCAUAUUCUUGUCCAGUGCCUUAUAUUGUUCGAUUAUCUAAAGGCCCCAGGGAAGAAUGAUAAAGAUGGACCGUCCGAAAGCAUGGUCAGCGUUUAUUUUAUUAUAAGUUUUAUUGAUUUUCGUAUGAUUUUAUAUUGUACUCAUAUAUCAAUUCUCAAUGCUUGUGGUAAAUUCCAAUUUUGCUUGCUUUUUUUCUUUUUCAAAUGUUUGUAUUCUACCAUUAUCAUUCAAAUUUUUGGUGUCCUUUCACAUAACAAUGUUGUAGAAGUCAUUUCUUGCAUUAUUGUAUCUUUUUAUUUGCUUCCAAUUAGAUUUACGUCUGAACUGCAUACUGUUCUUCUCUGUAGGAGGCCACGGUGGAGACUGGGAAAUAAAGAACUCUCUCAGUUGUGGAAGUGGGCAGAUCAGAAUCCUAAUGCUUUGACUGAUUCGCAACGUGUCCGUACCCCUUCUGUAAUGGAGUAUUGGAAACCUAUGGCCGAAGAUAUGGAUAUAUCAGCUGGUAUAGAAGCAGAGUAUCACCAUAAAAACAACAGGGUCUAUUGCUGGAAAGGCCUCCGGUUUUCAGCUCGACAAGACUUGGAAGGAUUCUCCAGAUUUACUGAAUAUGGUAUUGAAGGGGUUGUGCCUCCAGAACUUCUACCAUCAGAAGUCUGCUCCAAAUAUCAUGCCAAGCCUAGUGAGAGGUCUAAACGUGCUAAGAAGGAAGAAGAAGCAAAAGGUGCUACUCAGCAAGUGGAAGAACAACAGAAUACUACUGCUGCGGAAAAUGAAAAUGGAGUAAAUGCUGAUCUGGAGGACUCAGUAGCACCAAUUGAGACCGAUGCCUCAGUCAAUAUCUCAGAGAGUGGGGCUCCAACACCUGAUGAGAAUCAGAAGCAGAGCCCUGAUACAGAGAUGGGUAAGGAGGCUGGACAGUCAGAAGUGGAAGGGGAAGUGGAAGUAGAGGCAGGUAUGAUAGAUGGUGAGACAGAUGCAGAGGGUGAACCAGAUCCAGCAAGCUAAAUAAUUGCAAGCUCUUCCCUUCAAGGGUGCUGAGAGAACUCAAAGUUGCCCAAAGAAUCAGGAAUCCAAUUCCCGCAAGCUCAAAUUUGAAGUAAUAUUGUGCACACCCCGUGUGUUCUCAGAGCAGUUAUGGCGAAUUGAUAGCAUUGAACAAGAUCUGCUCCAGCGUGCUAGCAUUGGCGCAACAUGUGUGUGCAGAAAUGAACUUUCUCCAUACUACCAUGAAGUGCAAUGGAACUUUCCAUUGAAAUUAUGCUUUAUGUUCGGCCUAGAAGCAAUGGUUCCAGCUGAGCACAGAAUUUAGAGAAUUGUAGGCAACGGAUGAGAUUUAUGGUGGCAGGAUUAAUAGUUCAUAGUUUCAAGCAAUUUGUCGUAUCUUUGUAAUAAUUCUGCUUUUCUGAUUUUUGUCACUGUCAAGUACUACUCCAUUUGGACUGAACAUGUUUAAUAUAGUGAAACUAGGUGUUAUUGUUAUUUA